AUGACAUAAAAUGACAGGUUUAGUUUGUCAGAGAAUGCCACAUCAACUAAUAUUUUAAUAUCACCUCCCUAGAGUGUUGAUUUAGCCUUCGCUUGGUGAAUUAUGAAUAUGAAAAUGGACAAUCGUAUCUUCCCUAUACACGACAUAAAAUGCACGUAGAUGAAGCUGGCGUCGUUUGCAUGGAACAUUGGCUGCAGCCUCCUUUACAUUUACCUCCUGUAAUGAGUGGCAGGUUUUGACGACUCGCUCUCCCUUCACAGACUGCGCCUCUGUGGCAGAGUCUGUAAACAGAACGGAUUUCCCCACUGAGAGCCCUUUCAUCUCGUGAAUGCCUCUUCAUCGAAAUUCUGAUCGCAUUUAUUUUCGGUCUAUAGCGGCCUCUUGGUUCAUCUGCAGCCGCGAGCAAACUUUUCCUAGGGACUUCACGCUGUGGCGACCCCGCUGUAUGAGGAGGUAGAGAGGUGGACAGGAGUGGUUAUUUAAAAAUGUGUUGAAAAGAACCUAGUCAAAGAAUUAAGAGUGCACUUAUUGUCUGGUGAGCAGCCUCUCCAUUCAAGGCUCGGUGAGAUUCGCCCGACGACUCUUCAGUUUAUUGGAGCUGUACUGAACGGUGCUCGGCGUCAUUGGCCUCCGGAACCUCCAAUGGGCGGCAGUUAACGUGCAGUAGCUGGAAGCAUUUUAUCAUUAAACCGGAGUUCUAUACCGGGACCGCUAUUAAAAUGUAGGAUUUCUUCUUUUGCUCUGCAACUCAGAACGACGUUGGUGAUUAAUCAACGGUUGCACAUUUGGCAGCUGCUGCCCGUUUCCUUGAAAAUUGGGAUUAUUGAGCAGCGACGGGUGUAAGGACCUGGGAGACACUGUUGCACCGCCGAUCACGGUGUAUUCCCGCUGUAGUGGGAGCGGAGAAUACGGAGUCUGCUUUUGCAGUGUACAUGUGUAUAUACAUAUUUUAUUCACUCCGUUUUUUGUGGUUUUGAAGCGUGAAGUCGUACCAUGGGAUGGUCGGAAAGGAGAAUGCACCUUCCCUUCUGCCGUCGCGACGCCCUGUCAUAGAGCUUGCGGACUUGUCUCUGUAAGUCUGUCACUGUCCUCGCAGUCCAUCUCUUCCCAACACUUGGGUCGCGCUGACUGCGACUAAACUGGGCACUUCUAGGACACAUACGCCUGUGAUCUCAAGAGGGGGAAAGCAAGUGCCUGUGGAAGUAUCUGCCUGGCGAUGAAUCUGGCUCGUUUGUGAAGGGGCUUCUCGGUAUUUUAAGGAACGGGGUUUGAGAGGCGCUGGAAUGCUCAAAGGUAUCAUUUACUGACAUCGGGACCAGCGCAGCAUUUCACUAGGUUUUUAGGUUGAAUUUCAAGCCAGAAAAUGAAAAUUUCCAUUCAGUUGAUGGUGCUUUUAUACAUAUCCACUGUUCACAGCCUGAAGAUAGUGUCUAAACGAGGCUCAGCUGAUGGAUGUACUGAUUGGUCCGUGGAUUACAAGAAGUAUCAAGUCCUUAUGGGAGAACCAGUUCGAGUGAAGUGUGCAUUAUUUUACGGAUACAUCAGGGCGAACUACACCUUAGCUCAGAGUUCAGGACUGAGCUUGAUGUGGUACAAAAGUAAUGGCCAUGGGGACUUUGAAGAGCCCAUACCAUUUGAUGGAAUUAGAAUGAGCAAAGAGGAAGACUCUAUUUGGUUUCGUCCAACAGAACUGCAGGAUAGUGGACUUUUUUCCUGUGUAUUAAGAAAUGCCACAUACUGUAUGAAGGUUUCAAUGUCACUGAUUGUAGCUGAAAAUGAUACAGGACUUUGCUACAACACAAAAAUGAAAUACUUUGAAAAAGCUGAACUCAGUAAAAGCAAGGAGAUUACAUGCCCAGACACUGACGAUUUCAUCCUCCCAGACAGUGAGCCUGUAGUAUGGUAUAAGGAAUGCAAGUCAAUGGCCUGGCGACCAUCUGUUGUCCAAAAGGGGGACAGUCUUCUGAUUCGUGAAGUGACAGAAGAUGACGUUGGAAAUUACACCUGUGAACUCAAGUUUGGGAGCUUUGUGGUGAGAAGAACAACAGAGCUGGCAGUUACAGCCCCACUAACAGACAAACCGCCCAAGCUACUCUACCCUUUAGAAAACAGGUUAAACCCUGUGGAGGCACAGCUUGGCAUUGUUGCCAACCUCACUUGCAGAGCAUUUUUUGGCUACGGUGGAGAGGUCAGCCCCAUAAUCUACUGGAUGAAGGGAGAGAAGUUUAUUGAAGACCUUGAUGAUAACCAUGCCAGAGAAAGUGACAUGAGAAUUCUCAGGGAGCAUCUUGGGGAGAAAGAAGUUUCCAUUUCUCUACUAAUUGAUUCUGUACAGGAUGGAGACUUAGGAAACUAUUCUUGUUAUGUUGAAAACGGGAAUGGACGAAGACAAGCAAGCAUUCUUCUUCAGAAGAGAGAGCUGAUGUACACUGUGGAACUUGCAGGAGGACUAGGGGCUAUUCUUUUACUGCUGAUCUGUCUGGUGACUGUGUACAAAUGUUACAAGAUAGAUAUCAUGCUAUUUUAUCGCAAUCAUUUUGGAGCAGAUGAUUUAGAUGGAGAGAAUAAAGAUUAUGAUGCAUACCUGUCAUACACCAAAGUGGAUCCUGACCAGUGGAGCCAAGAAACUACAGAGGAAGAACGUUUUGCUCUGGAGAUCUUACCAGAUGUGCUAGAGAAACAUUAUGGGUACAAACUGUUCAUCCCUGAUAGGGAUUUAAUUCCUACAGGAAUAUGGGCUGAGUCGCAAUCAUGUGCCACACAACACUCUCCGUGCCCCACUAUAAUCGGAUGGGAGAACACAUAUGUUGAAGAUGUGGCACGAUGCAUUGAUCAGAGCAAGAGACUAAUUAUCGUACUGACCCCAAACUAUGUCAUAAGGAGAGGAUGGAGUAUAUUUGAACUGGAAAACAGACUACGCAACAUGUUGGUCACAGGUGAAAUUAAAGUGAUACUUAUUGAAUGCAGUGAACUUCGAGGAAUUAUAAACUAUCAGGAGAUUGAGGCUCUCAAAGACACAAUCAAGCUCCUUACGGUUAUCAAAUGGAACGGACCCAAGUGCAACAAACUGGAUUCCAAGUUCUGGAAGCGUUUACAGUACGAGAUGCCCUUCAAGAGGAUAGAGCCGAUCUCUAAUGAGCAGGUCUUGGAUGCUAGCGAGCAGGGCCCAUUCGGGGAACUGCAGACAGUGUCUGCCAUCUCCAUGGCAGCGGCGACCUCCACUGCUCUGGCCACUGCCCAUCCGGACCUGCGUUCCACCUUCCACAACACCUACCACACGCAGAUGCGACACAAGCAUUACUAUCGGAGCUAUGAAUACGAUGUACCUCCUACCAGUGGCAUCAUGCCCUUUACCUCAUUAGGUAAUCAACACACAUACUGCAACAUCCCCAUGACACUUAUUAAUGGCCAGAGGCCCCACAAUAAAAUCAACAAGGAGCAAACUCCAGAUGAGGUUCACACAAACAGUGCUGUAUUACCACUGCUGCCAAGGGAGACCAGUGUGUCCAGUGUCAUUUGGUAACAGCUAUUGGGUAGUUUGUUCUCCAUCAGGUUACACAGUCUGGUGCCUGGGACCAUGGCCUUGACUGCUGCUGUUAUACAAAAAGAAAUAUGAAAACACAGGGUCUUGUAGAUAAAUAAUUUGUUUGUAACAUCAGAGUCUUCCUGUUCUAUUCUUGCCUCUCACUAUUACAUUUAUGAUUGUUUUCUAUGUUCUACGUUACUAGAACUGAUACUGGAAUUUUUCAGGGGACUGGCAACGGUAUCCAUGUCACAUGAAAAAAAACUAUAGACAUGCUUUUUUCAUUAAUGUAGAUGGAAAUGGCUUGAUUUUGACAUUUUACUGGGAUGCUUUUGCAAGGUUGUGUGAUCAAAUGUGUGAGAUUUUCCCCAGUUUUCACUCCAGAUAAAGAAUAAUUAUAUAAAGCCACAGUCAGUUUCCUGAAAUGUGAUUUGUUGUUGAGGAUGUGUGCAUUACUACAUUACAUAUUAAGUCAUAGGCAUUAUAUAUCAAAGACACUGAACCCUAAAGUGUAUAUGGUAGGUGACGUUUUCACUUCAGUAUCAUAACAGGUCAGUCUGAAGUACACCUUUAAUUGCAGAUAUUCACGGAAAGAAAUUACUGAUGAAAAAUUAUUAAGUAGAAGCUUAAGAGAUGAAGUAGAUAUAGUCCUAGCGUAAACCAUUGAAAGUCACAAGAUAAUCAUAUUUUUCUUAAUAAUAAAUUCCUAUUAUACUUUCAGAUAUCGAUCAUGACUAGUGUUUAAAAAAGAAUCUGCUGACAAAAUGAGCUCAUAAUAAUGACUAACAAAGAAGACACAAUACAACUAUUUAGGUGGAAAAUUAUGCUCUUGUACAACAGUAAAUUAGUCUUCCAAGCAUUUGAAAAUAUCGUGCAAAUCUAUGUUGCACUACUCACAGGAAAAUGCACUUGAUGAAAGUUUUUUUUUAAUUUUCACAUCAGUGCACAAUUCCCAAAAAAUGAGAAAAAAAGUACAGUUAAAUCUUUUUUUUUGCUUAAAUGGUUUGCUUAAAUGUGGUUAGGGCCAUUUCUACCUCCACAAUAAUAAAUGGUAUUUCAGAAGAAAACAGGUUGUUUUUUUGUGUCUUUGCCGCAGCUGUUACCAUUAGUUUUCAGAUAGCCAUAUUACACUGAGCAUUAGAGAAAUAUCAUUCUUUUUAUUGUGUUUCUACACUGCAAAAUGUUUCGUCAUUAGUUUUUUUCAUUUGCUUGUAGGUCACUAUAGUAAUAUUGUUUAGUGCCUCGAUUCACUCUUGACAUCGUUUUGUUAAAUAGUCUACAAACAUGUUCAGUGUUUCAAAAUUAAAAUUAUUUUUUGCCAGAUGUCAUUGUCAACUUCAUUCAUUCCCCACAGAUGCAUUUCUGUCCAUGCUAUGGAGGUACAGAUGCAGAGGUGGAAUGCUUUAAUUUGUUUCAUGGAACUUGUUGUUUCUUUUAAACAAUAUGUUUGUCACCACAGCAUUUGUUUAUUGUGUCUAAACAGCCUAAGUACCAAAAAGCAUGGUAAUGUCAGCUAAUGGCAUGCUCCCUUUAUAAUCACAUAGUAGUCUAUGUUUUUUCAAAAUCCCAGCAUGCAUUCCCUUGAUAUAGACAAUCAGUAGCUCUUUAAUAAUCUCUCUAGUGCCACCAAAUUAUUAAUUUGAAUUGGGGUAGACAGUAACGAUACUUGCAACAAAUACAGUUUUUAUUUCAGCAAAGAAAUGUGAAAAUGUAUAAGGUACAAUCCAAAAGGCUCCACAGUGCAAGAGAAAAAAUAGUUUGAUUUAUUUAUAAUGUCAACUUGAGGUAGUAACAUUUGUUUCACAUAACUAGCUUGCCACAAUUACUUAUGUAUUUGAGAAGUAAAGACAUACAGAUAGCAGUUUCCCACUACAUUUCUUGUUUCAUUUCCCCUCUUUAUUUCUAUUUUCUUCUAUUAUUAUCUCUUCAUGCAUACAGGCUCUGAAGAUUAAAGGAAUGCCUUUCCUCUAACAUUGAUCAUUUCUGUUUUGAGAGCAGCAGAAGAGAAGAGGGCAGAUUCAGUGUGCCAAACAAGAAACAAUAAGACUCAUUGCACAUUGAUUGUUAGAUAAUAGGUGACAACAUCAUGGGGGAGGGGUGGAGAUUGGUGUACAUUCCUGCAGAAUAGGUUAAAUUAUUCAAUUGGAGGGUAGCUCAUCUGAGUGAGUUGUAAAGGGAUUCGUUCUUGGAGAUUGACAAGUAAGUAAAGUAGGAAUAACUUUAGGAUACCUCUAGAGAGAAGAAAGGUCACGUACAGACUAGAUACAUACUCACAGGUCGUGGAAAAUCAUCCCAGGAUGAUUUUAACAGGUAACAGGAAAAAUGGAAUUAUGAUUAUCUCAGGUUUAUGGUUCACUAGAGAUCCAAGCUGAAUCCAAAAAGUACAGAGAAACACUUGAGAAGGAAACAAAGACUGCAAAGAGAUCAUACAAGUACUUAGUUCAUAAAAACAAAAUGUGCAUCAGGCUGAUUAGGAAUCUGAAAGAAUUUUUUUGAAAACAGGAGUGCCAAAUACUGUAAGUCUUCAGUUAAAUAGUGGAUGCUGCCAAAGUACUAAUGAUUGAGGAAGUACAGAAUUUGUUUGGACUAAAAAUCAAAAGCAGGUUAUGCUCAAGAUUCAUUUAUAGUCAAAUAGAAAGCAUCCUAUUUUUAUAAUGGAAGUUUCAGGAUUUUUCUGCCAAUUAUAUUCCUGUCCUCUUGAGAUAUAGGAAUUGUACCAGAUAAUCGAAUGACUGUAUGCUACAUAUUGUCCAAGAAAUGUGUCAUGAAAAAAAAACAGCCAAUACAGGCUAGUUAGACUGACAGUGAAAGUGGAGAGCAUUUUAAAUAUUAAUCAGGGCCAAAUUGGCACUUGGACAAGCACGGGGAAGUGAGUGAAAGCAAGCAGCAGUUUGUGUUCUUUCAAAUGUAUGAGAGUGAUCUAAACUUGUGUACACAAAGCAUAAUAUAAAAGUUUGCCAGAAGCUCAGAAAUGCAAUGAUAAAUGUGGAAUGUCAUAAGCUUCAGGAAGAUGUCGAAAGACUAGUGAAAGGAGCAGCUAAAGUUAAAUGCAAUCAAGUAGGAAGUGAUUAGUUAUGGCAGGGACAAUGCAGAUGCAUUCUGAAUGGUACAAAUUUUAAAUGGGCACAGGAUUGGAGUUUGUCUUCAAAGUUGUCUGGACAAAUGCUAAAGAAGUUUUUCUGAAGCUUGACUUCAUGAAUGGAAGCAUAGUAUGAAAACAAGGAAAUAAAGUUAAGCUCUUAUAAACAAUUAUUUAGGACAUAUCUGUGGUGUGAGGCCUCACAAGUUGAGAAGGUUGUCAAGGAGACAGAAAGAUGGGAUAGAAAAGCAUUCACAAGGAGUGACUUGGAAAUACUAGAAUAAAAAUUCAUAAUGCUAAUCAUAUUCAUCCUGAUCGGCUGACCAUUUCUGGUUUUAUUUCAGAUUUUCAGCACUCUCAAUAAUUUGCUUUUGCAUAAGAGAGCAGGGGGACACUUGAUUUAAUUCAAUAUCUUGAAGAGCUUUAAUAGAGUAAAUAUGGAGAAAGUAUGUCCUAUGGGAGUAAAGGCAAUGGCUUUGGAAGACAGAUUGUAAGUAAUUGGCAAGAACAAGAGCUGACACAAAGUUAUACUAUUACAUGAUUAGUUGUUGGGGAUUGGAUUACAGUCACAAAGGCAAAUGUGACAAUAACUUUCAAAAAAGAACAAGAUAAAUUUGUGCAGGCAGGUGAGGUGAUGGCACAGACAUUGUUGAAUUUGAGAUGUUUUUUUGAGUGGAAUACAGUAAAGUACAUUCAGCACUAGAACAUCAAUGUGAUAAAUUGAUCAAAUUUUGUAAUAAGUUUUGUACCAUUAGUUGUGUUGUUUUUAUUUUCAUUUUUACCAUUUUAAAUUGUUUGUAACAGUAGCAUCCUUAUCAUAUUAGCAAAAUCUUGGUACCUAUAACUUAAGUAUGUGUUCAUGAAUCAUUAAAAUAAAUCAGAAGUGGAAAAAAUAUAUUGUAUCAGGUAUGCCACAUGGAUUAAAUAUCAUGAUUUGAUGAUUUAAUAGUACUGAUUUUUUCCAAAUUAUAAUAAAGAUAAUGCUGUAAAAUCAAGUGUAUAGAUGACAUUGUUUCAAAUAAGCAUUCAGGGUUUUUCAACCUGAAUUAAAAAUUGAGUGAAGGCCCACAAAAUAGAUCAGUCUUGUUGUGCUUGUUUGUGUCAGUGGAACAUAACGUUUGCAUCACAUUGAUGCGUGAAAUGCAUUAUAGCUCUGGUUUUAGGAUGUUGAUCAAGAAUGAUUGAAAUUUGCAAGUGGUACAAACCAAUCCAAUAAGGCUGUUUGAUUCAUUUAUUAUGUUGGCAUUUUGGCAUGAACUGUAAAACAAUUACAGUGGGUUCAUAGACAAUCUUUUAAUCGUACAAGUUUAGGAAACCCACAAAGUCUACUAAAUUGCCUUUAGUUCUUCUUUGAUAUAAUGGUAAGAUCCAAUAAGAUGACCGAUGUUUUAUCAGCAUUUUAAAAAUAUUCACUAUUCACAACAUAUCUCACUCUUUAAAAAAAGGUGUCAAAAUCAGUAAUGACUGCAAUGACGGAAUAAGAUACAACAUCAUUGUUGGGGAUUAUUGAAAAAUAUGCAUGAAUAUACGGUUUGUACACCUGAAUUUUUGGUAGAUACUUCUAGAUUAUUUCAACACUUUACAUCUGGAUUCAAAUAUUAUUUUAAUUGUAAACUGUUCUUUAGUUGCCCAGGCUGUAUAGACAUUAACCAGCAGGUGCUAGAGUUUUAAAAUAUUACAAUAGAGUUUUGCAUCUGACUGGUCAAGUUUGCAGCUGUAAUCAAUCUUAUUCUGAAAUACAAACAAAUUUACAAAAUUGUUAUGAUUUAUUUUCUUUCUUUUUUCAGUCAAUUAUGUCAACAAAGAUUAGAGAUAGAUAUUUAACUCAAAAAGUGGAAUUAUUAUCCAAGAUCUGAAAUUUUUGGCAUUUAAUCAAAUUCACAAGUACCUGUCUCUUGGUUUAAGAUCUUACGCUUCCAUGACACAAUCUUUACCCCGGAUCAUCCAUCUCUGUCUUUUUUCAUGGAUAUACCCAAUUUUAGCACCGCCUGAUGGCAUUCCAAAGUAGUCAUGCUCCUACCUAAAAGUUGGUACUCAGUUUCUUCUCCUUCUUCUUUUAUAAAUUGCCUAGUUAAUACAUAAUAUAAAGUUGAGUAAUAGAAAGAAAAAAUGGCUUCUAAAGUCAUGACACUUAAGGUGUAGGGUGAACACAUUAUUUACUCUUAAGUUUGAGUAAAUAUUUCUGUAACGUUAAUACCCCUUCCCUCUAGGUAAAAAUACUCAGCACAUAGGCUGCAAAUGUUGCACCUUUUUGCUUUCCUGUCUCACUUUUUUUACAAUCAAGGAACAUGAUUCACUUACAUGAAUACUGCAUAGUUAGCAAUAGAGUUGUGGAUUUUGUAAUGUUGAUUGUACUUGCCUUAACUUUGCAAAAAAAAAGACAUUGAAAAGAAAAGCAUAGGCAAGUUUGGUACAGGAUAUUUUUCAUAAUUCAAGGAAAAAUAAAGCCACAGCAUUUUCACAAGACUCCUUGCAAACAUGACGUGAGCACAUAUUGCCCUUGGUUUGUUAAAGCACAAGGUGUACUUUGUCUAGAGUUGAAUACCUUUGGUGUAAUUUUUGCUUUAGUUAAAAAACAAAAUGUUGAAUGUGGAAAAAAAAACUUUAUUACUUGCAUAUGAAUAUUUUUGUAUCUGAAGGAGGUUAAGCUACCUGCUUUAUCACAUGUAUCUUUCAGAGAAAAUAAACAGGGUAUGUGUUCAAUUUGUAAAUGUUUUCUUCUAGGGUCACUCUUAACUGGAAAUUGCAAGAUAAUGAUAAAUCAAUUUUUGUGAACUCAAUGAACAAUAAAAUAGUAUAGAUAAAUUAUAGCUGAUUAUUCACAACUUUUAUUUCUAAUAGUAAUGAAUGGUUAACUGUUAUUUAAGGUUACAGAUUAUUCUGAAAUGAUCAAUGCUGUGUUCUAUAUUUCUGCAGUUACAAAUAAAACUUCCCAGCUUUGUUUCCAUGCAUCAUUAUUAAAAUAAAACA